AUGACCCAGGCUCUGCAUGACUGGCGUUUUCGCAGUUCAGGCGCGCUGAACUUCGAUGCUACCCCGCUGAUUCUGAUCACCGGGUUCACCUCUCAGAACAAGGACCGGCGCCCCGGCUUCUUCGACGGAACCGUGAGCUGGGCUGCCUAUGUCUCAGAGGCAAAGCUGGCGCGCGUCGUCUUCGUCGCAGACUCCUCCUUCGGUGAGCCGUCCAUCCUGAGCCACCUGAAGGAUCGUCCGGAGCGUCUCUCCGUGUUCCAGCUGCAAGACGUGUCGGAGGAAUCCGUCCGGCGGAUCCUGGAGCGGCGGCUGACGCCGGACAAGUUGGACCUUUCAGAUGCGCACCUGAAAGCGAUCGGGGGCCGGUACAUGGACAUCGCAGCCCUCCUUGGCCACAUGCGCCACGGUGUCGCGGCCGAUGAGGCCGUGCGGUGGCUGCUGGAGACAGCCGAGGUGACAGUGCGCCGGCUGCUCCUGACGGGUCAGCCGGAGGCCAAGUGGACGCGGCCGCAGCUGUGGCGGGCCGUGCGGCACCUCACGGAGGGCACCGGGCUCGCGGUGCCUUACGAUGUGAUCCUCUGGAAUGUCUUCCGCGGAGACGAGGGCGCCCUGCGAUCCAUGAAGGAGUCGAACCUCAUUGCUGUGAACCCAAGGAAGAGCGAGAACUCGUGGACCUUGCGCUACGAGGUUGAGGCCGGAUCUCCGCUGUAUGCCGAGGUCUUCCGGCGCUUGGUGCAGAAUGAGGGCCUUGCUGCGGUUCUCGACCUGGAGGUCGCGAAGGAGGACGUGGCGCGCGAGCAGAAGUCGAUGGAUGCCUACGAGGCGGAGCUGGUGAAAAUUGAAGAGAUCCUCGACGCUCGCCGAGACUGGUGGUGGAUCCGGCCAAGUACCGACGAGCAGCUGGAGAAGAGGCGCACGCAGCUUGUGGACCUGAUCAUGGAGCAGCACAAGAAGCUGGAGAAGUACCACAAAGCGCGCCGCAAGGCCAUGUCUAUCCUCGGGCAUCACGCGGACCGCUUCCACGAGCGGGCAAAGCGGAAGAAGUCGUAG